CUCUCUGAAAAGGCGAUCAUUUACACCGAAGCCUUUUGAGUGCAAAAUGAAGUAGUCGGCACUACACAGGGAAAUGUCGAUAUGAACUGUUCAUAAGGAAUCAUAAUUCACCUGAAAUGCCACAAACAAAGAGAUCGUAACACUGAAAGAGUCGAGUAAAUGGCCGAGAUUGGUCAGAUGGACGUUAAUGCUGCACCGCAGAGCACUUCCCGAACUGUUGGAGAAAUUAUUAUUCCACUCAGCGAGGUUCCGCCAGUGAGGGUGCACUGCCCCAAUACUCUUCGUGGUAUUCAGCCAAGGAUCUUUCAUCAGGGCAGUGAUCUAAAUACAGCAUCGAUCAACAAGUGUGGAUCUGCCAAUGGAACGAUAAAGAGUAGCACGGGGGUCGCGUUUUCUGGGGGAGGUAUCCGCUCGGCUGCCUUUUGUUCCGGUGCUUUGCGCAAAUUGUUACAAGAUGACGUCCCGUUUGAAUAUCUGAGCUGUGUUUCCGGGGGAGGUUACACUGGUGCUGCUUUUAUGGAUUGGAAAUUUCGCCAUGGCUCCAAAAAUAACACCAAGGAGUGGCACAAGGAGUUCUUUGAACACAUGCGAGCCAAUUCUGGGUACUUAUGCAACUGGCAAAAUCCCAUUCUAGGAAUUUUUCAAUCCCUGCUACUUAUACAAAUCGUGCUACUUGUGACGUGCAUUUUGCCAUGCAUGAUGUGGCUGCCUUAUGCACUUCCUGUUGCCGUAGCUGUGGAUUGUUUCUUUGGUGACGUUUUACGGGAGAACUGUACUUCCUUGCACUCCCUCCAACAUCCGGAUGCCUGGUCUUCGGUGCUGAUGCUGGAACUGUUUGAUGGCUGUCAUCCACCUGUCAGACGGGUGUUACUGUUUACAACAACAGCAGUAGUUUCGUUUGUGUGUUAUGUGUUGUCGAAAAAGGAAGGCCUGGCUCUUUACAAAGGCCCCCUUAGACUCCUAUCAACACUCAGUGGAUUGAUAUUUGCCUUUACUGCUUUUCCUUGGGCUGCACAUGACUUUUUGUGGCCCUCACAAAUGUGGAUGAGAUUUGUCAUUUUUUCUCUUAGCGUCGGGCUUCCUUUAUUUAUUCCUGUUCUCCGUAAUAGCGCUGGUUUUUGCCUGCGUUCUUACAUGUACACUUAUAUCCUGAGCUGGAAGGUCUUCAAGAUAAAUUUGAUGGGGAAUGUACCAUAUUCCGAUGAAGUGUUUUACCCAGCUUUGAUGAUGUGUGCCUUGGCCUUCAUAUUUUUUCCAUACAUUAGAUCUCUACAGCAGUCUCUGUUCCAUGUAUACUACAGGUAUCGUUUGUCCAACGCCUUCUUUAGAUACGGAGGAAAACUUCGGCAUGGAGAUGUCUUUCCUUGGUGUGUGGAGCCAAUCAAAAGUAUCCUAAAGUACAUCAAACGAAACGAGUUCCGGAGGGUUUGUCCUUGUGAGAUGGAAGAUGAGCUGUCGCUUCAGGACUUGGAGGGUCUUUCACCCACUUUCAUCAGUAAUAUCACAGUUAACGGUUGGCAAAUUGGUAAUGGUGCCGGUUCACGUCACCAAUUGAUGUCAUUCUCAACAGAUGGAGCGAAACUUAUCGGCAACGAUACAGAAAAUACAGGGAUUGCUGCACAUACGUUUGCCGCUUGUCCUCAUUCUCGCCUCAUGAAGUUAUCUGUUGCAAUGACCUUAUCUGGAGCUGCUGUCAGCUUUGAUAUGGGCGACGAUUUUCAGAAUGGCCUUGAUAUGGUCUCUGACUUGUUCACUUUGGUAGGAAUAAGUUUAGGAGAUGAACUGGCGUAUGGCGAACAUUCUGAAGAGGAAUUAAGUUGCAGUGAAAAGUACGUGACACCAAUCUUGGUUGAAAUUGCCUGCUUUUUUCCACUGAUGGCCUUACCCUUUGUCUACUGGCUUGGAAAUAGCAAAGACUGUGUGGUGCUCUUAGUACUCCUACACAUCGCCGUAGUUGUAGCACUUGCAAGUUUGGCUGCGCUCAAUACUGGGUCGACUCAACCGGGAAAAAUUCAGCGCUUAGUCAGAUGGUGUGUUACUCACAUUUUCUACGUUCGUUUCCUUCGUGGAUUUCUAAACAUAAAUAACGUUGGACUUAAUCCUCCGCCAGUACUGCGACUCAGCGAUGGAGGACACUUUGAAAACUUAGCCUUACUUCCACUACUUGACAGAAAACUGGAGAAAAUUGUGAUACUUGAUGGCUCCUGUAACCCUGGUGGUCAUAAAUACGCCGAUUCUCUCCUUACUGCUCUGAGAAUGGCGAGGCAGAAAUUACACUGCUCAUUUACUGGAGUGAAUGGGAGAGAUAUUGAGGAAGAUAUUAGAGUUAACUUUUUGAAAAUUAAUUCACAACAAAGGCCACGGAGCUACCAAUUCCGAGUCCAGUAUUAUGAUGAGGGUGACAACAAAACAGGAGAGGGAGAAAUACUCUUCAUUGCUCCCAGACACCCAUCUGAGAGCAUACCACUUGCGAGAAUUGUCACUCAGCAACCAAAAUCGUGGGAAAAUUCUGAUAUCGAGCUGGGAGAUCCAGACCAAGGGAAAUGGGGAAGAAGUCCUGAGAUUACUGAACACGAAGCUGACAGACUGACAGGUUGCUGCUGUUUGUGUUGCCAUGGAAAGAGCUGCCAGUACAUGUCUAACCUUCUGCAAGGGUCAUUUCCUCAUCACAUCACCGCUAAUCAGUUCUUUACACCCGAGAUGUUUAGCGUGUACCAUCGUGAAGGCUAUGGGGCUUGUGUUGAGGCUGAUAUUUCAGGUUUCUUAAAGACAAAUUAGAGAAAGACUAGCGAAAAUAUGUACAAGUACAUUGAAAGAACAGUUAAAAAGGAAAACAAUUGCUUAGACGGAGAUAAAAGCAAACUUUUAAAAAAAUCACUGAUUAUUGUUCCUGUGUUGCCUAGCUUGUUAGUCCUUAAGGAAUCAUUCACUUCGCUUAGACUCUGUAUAAACAACUCCUUCCCACUGCAUCAGAUCACUUGCUCCCGAAAAGGUGAAAAAUGGUCGACUUUUGCCUUCGUAUUGUUUUUCAAGAUAAUUUUGUAAAUUACAUAUGGGCAGCAUUUGAACAGCCAACGGGGAUAAUUCAUUAUCGCGUUGCAUCGCUGCUUCUCUGGACGAAGGUAUUUAAGGAGGAUUUUCUCUCUAACAAUCUACUGUCCCCAAGAUUUUCUUUAUUUCUAAAUAGAUCUCUUCUAUUAUAACUAUUCUUUUUUUACAAAGAACACUAAUUAGUGUAAAGCUUAUCGGGAACUAAACUAUUGAUGACAUUAUAAAUA